UUUGUUUAAAAAGGGGAAAAUAAGAGUAGUCCAUUAUUUCUUGGGGGUGGAGCAGUAAAUGAGGCACUGUUAAGUACAAAUAUUUGAGGAAGUGCGUUGCAGCAGUUGUUUCACAUUCAAUUAUUUCUCAAUUUGAAGUCGAGGUGAAGAGUAGUAACAGAGUAGUGAUUACUGCUUGAAUAAGUUAUGCCAUAUUAUACUCUCCUCUGGACCUCAUCUGAACCAGUGGAGACCACUUUUAUGCUGUUUUCUUCUGCUCCGACUUACAGGCUCUUCAAACAAAAAAUCUGCCAGAUACAGAAGCACACAGAAAAUGAAUGGCUCCUGGAGUCUGAUGUGCAGUGACUGUCAGUAUUUCCCUCAAUUACUGCAGGUUCUGUGUCCAUGGCUGGUGACGGCUGGCACUUCAUGCUUUGCUGUGUUGUACAUCAACAGAUAAAGGUACCUUGUGCAAAGAUGUCAAAUGCAUUGAUAUUUGUCUUGCUCUUCCUGUUUCCAAUGAUGCUGUCAGGAGCUUGGUUUCCCAAAACUUUACCCUGUGAUGUUAAAUCCUCAGAAGGUACUGUGACAGUGGACUGCACCUACCGGCGCCUCACAGAAGUGCCCAGAGGGAUCCCUGAAAAUGCUACCAACCUCACCCUGAGUAUUAACCAUAUCCCCUAUAUAGAUCCAAAAUCCUUUGCUCAACUUAAAAACCUCAUGGAGAUUGACUUCAGAUGCAACUGUGUGCCUGUAAGAAUGGGGCCCAAAGACCUUGUCUGCAACAGCAGACUGAAGAUUGAGAAUGGCAGUUUUGCUGCCCUGACAAGACUGAAAUCAUUGUACUUGGAUGCAAACCAACUGUUGGAAAUACCCCGAGGUCUUCCUGCUACUUUAACCCUGCUGAGCCUGGAAGCAAAUACUAUCUUUUCCAUCCAGAAAGCCAACUUGUCAGAGCUAGGAAACAUAGAGGUAUUGUAUCUGGGACAGAACUGUUACUACCGCAAUCCGUGCAAUGUUUCAUUUGAAAUUGAGGAAACAGCCUUUCUGGAGCUGAAAAAAUUAACAAUACUAUCCCUGAAGUCCAACAACUUAACAUAUAUUCCACCCAAUUUAGGGGCAUUUAAACUGAGGUAUUUGGACCUCAGUUCAAACAAGAUUGAAAUCAUUAAGAAGUCUAGUUUCCCUGAAAAUGUCAUCAACAACCUGGAGAUGCUGCUUUUGCACGGCAAUCCUUUCAAGUGCAACUGUGAGGCCGUGUGGUUUGUCUGGUGGAUCAAUCAGACUCAAGUGACUAUUCCCCUUCUGGCCACGGACGUGACCUGUGCUGGCCCAGGGGCACAUAAGGGAAGGAGUGUGGUUUUCUUGGAUCUGUACACGUGUGAGCUGGACACCUCAUAUUUGAUCCUGUACGCUCUGUCAGCUUCAGCCAUCCUCAGCUUUAUGGUGCUUGCGGUGACGAGCCAUCUGUACUUCUGGGAUGUGUGGUACAGUUACCAUUACUGCACUGCCAAGCUGAAGGGCUAUCGGCGUUUAGCUUUACCAGAUGCCUGUUACGAUGCUUUUAUUGCCUAUGACAACGAAGAUCCAGCUGUGAAUGACUGGGUGAUGGAAGAACUGGUUAAAAGGCUGGAAGACCAACAAGCCAGGCAGUUCAAUUUAUGCCUGGAAGGAAGGGACUGGCUCCCGGGACAGCCAGUCUUUGACAACCUUUCCCAGAGCAUUCAGUUGAGCAAAAAGACCAUAUUUGUGCUGACCAACAAGUAUAUUAAAAGCGGCAGUUUCAAGACAACCUUUUACAUGGCUCACCAGCGGCUUCUGGAUGAAAAGCUUGAUGUCAUUAUCUUGAUAUUUCUUGAGAAGGUUUUGCAGAAGUCGCGCUAUGUGCGUCUGAGGAAGAGGCUGUGCCGAAGUUCUGUCCUGGAAUGGCCAACUAACCCUCAAUCUCAGCCCUUCUUCUGGCAGUGCCUGAAAAAUGCCAUAGCUACAAACAAUUCACUGGCUUACAACAAGCUUCUCCAAGAAACUGUUUAGCUCUACUCUCCCAUAAAAUUUGUUAUAAUGCACAUGCACCUUGCUUGGGAUUUAUUACUGCAUAGCAAGAGAUAAUGCACUACACCCUGGAAGUCACAGGUUUAGAACAAAAUCACCACUUCCAGCUUUCAGUUCACUAGAGGCCUCUAGCAUCUCCUGUGGUUGGGUCAAGUGUUGGUUAGACACUUUCUCAACAUACUCAAAUACAUAGACUGCAGGAGAAGACCAUGCCUAAACUUGCUGCUGUUCAGACAUUUUUGGAGUAAACAUGAUUUUCAUGUUUUUUUCAUGUAAAAUUUUAGUUUCUGUAUUUCUGUAUUUAUGAAAAACAAGAAAAGUGCUUGCUGGCAUAUUUGUCUCUGAAAAUACUUUUAGCAAAAGUCAUGCUUUGAUCUUAGGAGUUGAGAAAAUAGAAGGUUUCUUAUCUUUUCACAUUAGGCUUCCAGCUUCUGAGCCUGCACUUCUGUCUGAGUAAGGAAGAGUCCUAAUCUCUGGGGAUAAGAAAUUCUGUUGAGACUUCUGUCAGAGGUUUGUGUCUGGUACAGGAGCUAUCACAGCUAUCCCAUUGUUGCACUGCCAAAAACCUCAUAAAUCUGAAGAGACUUUGAAGAAUGUGUGUGGCCUGAAAUGGGAAGGUGUGUGAGAAACAAGUUCAGAAGGGCUUGUAAGCUGCGGGUGGGAAGGAGUUAUAAGAUAAAGAGAGUCCUUGUGCAUGGAGUGUUCACAUGGGAGCAAGAAGAGGGAGUAGGACAGCCGAUACGCAGAAGGAGAGGCACAAGGCAAAUGGACAAAAUCAAUUAAACCACAGACACAAAGAAGUAGAUUAUCUUUCAGAUCCCUUCCAACCCAAACCAUUCUAUGACCUCAGCUACCUCUGGUGGUUCCUUUCCUACCUUUCUGGUCUGGUCGUUUCUUUAAAUAGUACCUUUUUUAAUUAGUUGUAGGCAGGC